UACCCCUAGCGUUACUAUUACCGUAUUAGACAUAGUGUUACCGACUUUUUCGAUUUUGGCACAAAUGUCUUAACCGUCCACCAUACCUACUCAAGUACCUUGUAGAUAGGAACUCUUAAGAAAGACUGAAAUAUGAGACGCUAAGUUACAUGAAGUUGUCGGCGUCUAAGAGAAUUAUUGAGAUCACCUUACCAAGUUAGGUACCUACCUAAAUAAACAAGCAGCUGAUUACUACCUCCUAAGGAGGGACCUAGGUUAGGUACCUCCUUGCAAUACAAACAGCCAACCCACUUGAAGCCCCGCUAUGUUCCCCAUUCAACUCAAUAAAAAGGGGUAGUUACCGUAUUUGUGUUGUACUUUACAACUGGACAUUUAGAAGAAGCCGAAUAAGGGGAAAGCUCAGGUUGGAAAAUGGCAGAAGCAAGUAUUUCUUUUAACACGACCAAGGCCAAUGCUCAGAAAGCUGUCCUCUCUCCACCGGAUUGGCUUAGAAUCUGGAGGAAGCAUUUCCACGGUCAGCGAUGGGGUUUUGUCGCUUUCCGCGCCGCCUGCUUUGGCGGCGAUAAUGACAACGAUCGCUGGACUAGGUUUCAGGAACAGUUUAAACGAAUCAUCGAAAUACCUUUUGCACGUGCUGUUACCCAAGCGCAAGAAGAAGGUGUUUCACUCCCGGACGAUUUCGACGAGGCUAGAGCCAAAUUUGAGAUUCAAUGGGUAGAAGUUGUUCCCGUUAACGGUGAGACUCUUACCAUGAUUGCCGAUGCGGAUUCACUCCGAGCCAAGUACGCCGCUCUGAGACCUAAUUUAGAUCCUGGGCUGUGUUGGGACGUUUUCCUCUGCGCGUCACCUGAGGCAGUCGAGUCUUUCGAGAAUGAGGCGUCAACUACCGAUGAGACGAGUAGUUUUUGGAGAGACCGGGCGCCGUUCCUCUUAGCAGUCUCAGCUCACAGUGAUUCCGGGCUAGAGGAGGAUCACGAAGAGACUGCAUGGUUCAAGCCUGUUUUUAAGAUUGCAGCUGAGGUGCUGGUAGAGUCACUAUUCACCAUACUUAAUAUAGGGACACCGCUGCGACGUAUUACGCGGAGUGUUCUUCAAGCGACCGAACUUGAUCAAUCGGUCGAACAACGUCAGCAACAGUCGGUGGAGGAGAUUAGAAAGUUAGAUGAGAUCUGGUGGUCGAUGCAUCCGUCACCUGCGCGACUAAGGAUGAGGCGGAAUAUUGGAUCGAUACAGUAACAAUAUGCAGAAACGUUAACCGUUAUUCGUUCGCACCAUCGCAAUCAUAAAAUCUGUAAAUUAUACCUCGAAAUGGCCUUUGCAGGAGGUGAUGGUUUAGGUACCUUAGCUAAGUCUUUGAUUGUGGGUUCUAUAACCUCUUUCUAGGCGUUCAUAGGGAUAUAUCUUUUCUCGAAAUCUUUUCGACUUGAGGGCUAGUCGAAAGUUGAAGAAAGCAAUUUCGGGUGAAAGUAGGAGUUCCUUAGGUACUCGAUCGAUAUUAAAAAAUCCAUGUGCGAACACAGUUGCCUCAAUCAGGUUAUACUACGGUCGGUCUAUGGCGAAAUCGGGUGAUGGAUUGCAUACAUACCUCUAGGUAGUUUACCGGGAUUUUCUUCACCCCUUUGUGUCAAAGUCAUCCUUCUCGCAGUUAUCAAAUAUGGGAAAUUAUGAGUCACAGCUAGAGCAAUAUGCGCACCUAAUGUUAAGAUCGCAAAGUUUAUCCUUACUUGGUAAGUAAGGUAUCUAUCGUCAUCAUGCUAUGAAGC